UUGCUAUUCUCGCUAUCAGUUAUAGUCAUCGUCUUUUGAUAAAUUAUUCUUUAUUUGUUCUGAUCUUCUACCCCGCUUUGCCGCUGGAAACGUUUACAACUACUGCCUACAUUUUGUACCCAAAAACCCACUAAACAUCCAGUUAUUUUACGCUGAAAUCAUCAAUGCCAUCGUCGGUUGCAUCCUCUUCCAACUGGGAUUUCACUCCGGUGAUUAACCUGCUCCGCUCGCCCACUUAUGGGAGCGGUGACUUGUCCAUCCCUUCUCGCCACACUGAACCUCAAACUGUUUCAUCGUCUCCUGGAGAGACAGCCAAAAAUGUAACCAACGAACUCGGUGCUCAGGCACACAAUGCGAACACCUUAAGCAAUACCUCACCCAGACUUGGAGAUUUCGGCUCUCUUUGGGAUCUUCUGGGUCAAGGUACCACUACUCUGGGCGGUGCAAAGGCCCCCAAAGUGGAACCUUCUCACCAGGAACCCGAUGCCACUCCCACCCAACAGUCUUUUAAACCAUCUACAACCGUGAAGAUCCUGAAACGGCCUUCCACUAAAGUCACGGAUACUGAGACGCCUUCGAGAACCCCUCCGAGGCCAAUCCCUGUAUCGGGCAAAUCCAAGUCCCGAAGCCUUCAAGAUAAAGCAAAAGCUGGGCUUGGCGCUGUCGACCAACCUAACCACAAAUCAUACGAUACGAGCUCAUCGGAGAGUAAUGCGGAGGUGGAAUCCGACGAGAACCUCAGCAAUGUUUUCGACCCUCCCUAUUCAAGGAAGCGCGGAGUUCUGCCCUUGGUCCCAUCCCAAGUAGCCGCUUCUGAUAAGCACGAGCCAUAUGAUACCCCGCCCUCUUCUUUUGACGAAUUGGAGGAUUGCUUUUCUCCGGAAACCGUCAAGAACCUGCCGAGCAAUGGUCCGAUUCGCGUUCAACCUAUCGCAUAUAAAUCGGCAAACGAUCGAAGAGUUGGCCUCUUAACUAAGCUGCUGAAAAGCUUCCCAGACUACGCAGAGGCCGUGUCGCAAGCUGGACGGCCUGUGAAUGGAAAGACCAAGAAACCCUCAGCUCGACCUGUUCAUGUUUUUGUUGACAUGUCUAACAUUAUGGUUGGGUUUCACGACUCGGUGAAAGUGUCACGGAACAUACCUAUCAAGACUCGGAUCCGCCGUUUGCCUCUGUCGUUCCAAAACUUCUCUUUGAUCCUGGAAAGGGGUCGACCAACCGCCAAGAGAGUCUUGGUUGGAUCGGACCGGUUUGCGGCAAUUAACGAAGGCGAGCAGCUCGGCUAUGAGACGAACAUUCUGGAUCGAGUUCAAAAAGUGAAACAGUUGACCCGUCGUCAAUUGAAGUUCCGCAAGUCCGCAAAGGGUGAAUCUCAUGAGCUUUCUGUCAGCAGUUCUGAAAUGAACGAUAUGCCUGCAGAGCGAUGGGUUGAACAGGGUGUGGACGAAAUUCUACACCUGAAGAUUCUGGAAAGCCUACUGGAUACGGACGAACCGGCAACGAUUGUCCUAGCCACGGGAGACGCAGCGGAAGCUGAGUACUCGGGAGGAUUCAUGAAAAUGGUGGAACGGGCUUUGCAGCGCGGAUGGAAUGUUGAACUUGUGAGCUUCACGCAGGUGACUAGCUAUGCGUAUCGGAAGAAAGAGUUUCGAACGAAAUGGGGGAAUCGGUUCAAGAUGAUCGCGUUGGAUGAAUAUAUCGAGGAGCUUUUAGAUAUGUGAUGGGACAACAAAUUGCUUAUCCAAACAAGGAUUCUUUGCUAUCUGAAUAACUUCAUUUCAGUUGUAAAUUGAGCACCUGUGAAUUCCUGCUUCUGGUUAGCUUUGCUGCUUCAGGAAUGGUGCCCAGAUACUGUGCACUGUAAUCACUGCCUGCUGCGGACCUAGGACUAUAAGAACCAACCUCUCACUGUUCUAACACUUCUUCCCUUCUCCCUCCUUUCUUUUUGCGUCGCAAAUUGCGGCUGAGCCCUUCCUAUCUCUUCACUAUUACCAGUAUCAUUGCAUUUAUCCUGCCG